GCGGCGGGCGGUGCUCCCCGGUGCGUCCCGCUCCCGUUCCGCCGCCGAUGGCCGCCGGUCGCCGCGCUCCCCCGGAGCCCGGGGGGGGCCCAGUAUUACUUCAAGGUGUCUUCGGUGCCGGACCAAGCCCCGGGGCUGCCUCCUGCUCCUUGGCUUUAACCCCCCGGGAACUGCAGGUGCGGGGUCCGGGGGGUUCCUGCGGAGGUAGCUCGGCCGGCCCCGACGCCGCUCUCCGCCUGGCCGACUGCGUGGGCUCCGCCGCCUUCCCCGCCGCCCCCUCCGCCGCCUGCUUCUCCCUGGUGUGUUACCCGCUCCGGGGACCGCGCUGGGGCUCGCCUGCCCGCCAGCGCCUGGAGCGGACCUUCCGCGUCUGCCUGGCCCCCGACGCCGAGGGCAACCUGCGCAUCGCCCAGGCCUGGAGCCGGAGGAUCCGGGAGCUCUCGGUGCCCGUCGUCCCCGCGCAGGACGGUGACAGCUAUGGGGUGCUGCCCCGGCCCUGCCGGGCGCUGGUGCUGCUGAACCCGCAGAGCGGCGCCGGCCGCGCGCUCGAGGACUUCCAGGCGGUGGUGCAGCCCAUGCUGGCUGAGGCUGACAUUGCCACCACUGUCUUUGUCACUGAGAGAGCCCACCAUGCACAUGAGAAAGUGCGGGAUGAGGACCUGUCACAGUGGGACACGUUGGUGGUCAUGUCUGGGGAUGGGCUGCUGUACGAGGUGGUGAAUGGGCUCAUGGAGCGGCCGGACUGGGAGGAAACCAUGAAGAAACCACUGUGCAUCCUGCCAGGGGGCUCUGGGAACGCUCUGGCUGCCUCCAUCAACCACUAUGCAGGCAACGACCACGUUGCCAAGAAGAAGCUGCUGAUGAACUGCGCCUUCAUCCUGUGCAAGGGGCUGCACACGCAGAUGGACCUGGUGUCCCUGAGCACGGCCUCGGGCAAACGCCUCUUCUCCUUCCUCGGCUUCGGCUGGGGAUUCAUCUCGGACGUGGACAUCGACAGCGAGAAGUACCGGCGCUUGGGCAACGCCCGCUUCACCCUGGGCACCCUGCAGUGCCUGGCCAAGCUGCGGGUCUACCAGGGCCGCCUCUCCUACCUGCCCGUGGGCCCCGAGCAGGGCACCUCCACCCCAUCCUCCCGGGACCCCCCCGGGACCCUCCCCAACGGCCAGGCCGGCCCCGUCCCGCUGGGGACAGAGGUGUCCGGGGGGGCUCUGCCCGCCGACUCCCUGCUGGUGCCGCUGUGCCAGCCGGUGCCGGGGCACUGGACCGUGGUCCCCGAGGAGGAGUUUGUCUCCGUCUACGCCAUCUACCAGUCCCACCUGGGCACCAACCUGCUGAUGGCGCCGGCGGCCGGGCUGCACGACGGCUGCAUCCACCUCUUCUACCUGAGGGCCGGCAUCAGCCGCCUGGCGCUGCUGAAGAUCUUCCUGGCCAUGGCCCGGGGGACCCACCUGGACUUGAACUGUCCCCACCUGCGCUACGUCCCCGUCCGGGCUUUCCGCCUGGAGCCUCGGACGGCCGCGGGCAUCAUGACGGUGGACGGCGAGGCGCUGGCCUGCGAGCCCGUGCAGGGCCAGAUCCACAACCGCCUCUGCCGCGUCCUCACCGGAUCCUGAGCGGCCAAAACUUCACCGUCCCUGUGGCGCUGAGCCGCCGGCCCGGCCCGGCACCAGGGCGGCAGAGCCUUCCUCCCACUCAGGAACCUCCUCCUCCUAUAGCAAUAGCUCCUGGGGGCUGCGGGCACUCGUCCCCUCGCUUGCCCCCACGCUUAGCUUUACCCCUCCUUUGGGACAGCCACCAGCACUGUCCCCAAACCAAGCCACGAGCCCAUCAGGUACUCUGUGCCGGCGAGGUGCCAGCGUGUUUGAUCCCGGUACGAGGUCCCAACCCCGGGUGGCUGCGCCGGCACAGCCCCAUCCCAGUCCCGUCCCCUCCCCGGCUCGGACGCACAGGGUGGCAUCGCUCAGGUCCCUGCUGCCUGCAGAGCCCGUGCCACCCCCACC